UCACACGAAGGAGAAAAGCUCAGUUGCAGAAAUAUAAAACUGAAAUCCACUCCGAAUUAAUCACAAUCCAAAUUCAUUUGGUGAGCUAAGGAAAGUUUGGGGUCGGAAUCGAAAAUGUUUCUCACAAGGACUGAGUAUGAUAGAGGAGUCAAUACUUUCUCCCCUGAAGGGCGAUUGUUUCAAGUUGAAUAUGCAAUUGAGGCGAUUAAGUUGGGUUCAACUGCAAUUGGUGUAAAGACUAAGGAAGGAGUUGUUCUUGCUGUCGAGAAGCGGAUUACCUCCCCGCUGCUGGAGCCGAGCAGUGUGGAGAAAAUUAUGGAAAUUGAUGAACAUAUAGGGUGUGCCAUGAGUGGCUUAAUUGCUGAUGCCCGCACACUGGUUGAACAUGCACGAGUUGAAACUCAGAACCACAGAUUCUCUUACGGUGAGCCGAUGACUGUUGAGUCUACUACUCAAGCCCUUUGUGAUCUUGCUCUACGAUUUGGUGAAGGUGAUGAAGAAUCAAUGUCCAGACCUUUUGGCGUAUCUCUUCUCAUUGCUGGUCAUGAUGAGAAUGGCCCUUGCCUGUACUACACCGACCCAUCGGGCACUUUCUGGCAAUGCAAUGCAAAAGCCAUCGGGUCAGGUUCUGAAGGUGCAGACAGCUCUUUGCAGGAGCAGUAUAACAAGGAACUGACCCUCAAGGAAGCUGAAACCAUCGCACUCUCCAUUCUGAAGCAAGUCAUGGAGGAGAAGGUGACGGCCAACAAUGUCGAUAUUGCUAAGGUUUCGCCAAAAUACCAUCUCUACUCCCCCUCAGAAGUUGAAGAAGUCAUCAGCCGCCUAUGAGGAUAGGGAUUGGUCUGUUUCUGAUGGCUUUUCUAUUGUUGCAAUAAGUUAGUUUUAAACCUUUAUUUUCCCUUUUUCACUUCAAUGUUCUUGUGACUUUUUAUUUUUGGGGUUACAUUGUGAUCUUACAUUUCUAAAAUCAAAACUUUACUUUUUCA